AUGGAUACAGCCAACUGUCCGGCGAUGGAGACUGCCGCCUGUAGCAGUAGAGGCUGCGGCUCCGGUCGUGGCACUACGAAGACGAGGAUUGAUUCUGGGAUCCUUCAGCAGCACAGGUUCAAUGGUUGUACCUUCGCGCAUGGGAUUGAAGAGUUGCGCGAACGCCCGCAACUAAGCAAAACUCGCAUCUGCGAAAAAUGGCGGCAGGGAUUGUGCGAGCACGUCAACUCCGAGGAUUGCAAGUUUGCUCACGGAAAGGAAGACUUGAGAAUUGCGAAGCCUGGAAUUUGCGACCUUCACAGACAAGGUAGGUUACAGACGGUUGCUUGCCUUUCACUGCCUUUUGUUUCUGGUUGUCUAGACAGUAACUCAUACGGCGAACCGCGUACACGCGAUAUCAGUUUCAGUUACGGCGGUCUUAUGUCUGACCAGGUCAGAUCAGGGAGACUGUAG